CCACAAACCAGCAUUCGGCAUUCAUACAAAAAUCAGAGCAAUGGUAGCAGGUUCAUCAACAACAGGAAUGUGGUCCUUGGUCAAGGAUAUCGAUCACACUAAGUACACCUGGGCAAUCCAGGUUCGGGUGGUUAGGGCAUACGAGGUUCCUCCGCACUCCAAGGGAGGGGAGACUCUUGAAAUGAUUUUGCAUGACGGAGAGGGUGAUCGGAUUCACGCCAUAAUCAAGAGGCCGCAGAUAGCUAUGUACAGGCCUAUGAUAACGGAGAACAAAAUUUAUGCCAUAAGAAACUUUUUGGUGCUUGACAAUUACCAAACGGUGAAGACUACAAGUCAUCCCUACCUAAUUCAGUUCAUCUCGAAAACCCAAUUCAGGGAAGAUACGAGGACAGAACUGCCUAUGAUGGUCUAUGAUUUCCAGCCUUUUGACAUGUUGCACGCCCAAAUGGUUAUCAAUGACAAGAGUCUCAUUGAUAUCAUUGGGAAGGUACUGAGCAAGAGCCUUAUUCAGACCCAUAUAAUCAACGGGAGUACUGAUAGGCUCAUGGAGCUGACUUUGACAGACCCGAAAUAAGUUUCUGUCAACUUAGAAGAUUUUGGCACAAGAAAAACCACGUACGAUUAUUGACUGAAGCUUUUUAAAACUACAGGGGUAACAGAUUGGGUUGCGUAUUGUGGAACAAGUACAUAAACCGGUAUUUGGAUUAUGUUAAUGCUAAUGAAGGAGUGCCUGUCUUUGUGAUAUUUCAGCUUUGUAGACCAAAGAGAUAUACCAAGGGAUCUUGACUGUGAAUUCCUCCUUUGAUGUGCCAAAUCUCAUCAUAAACGGGAACACUACUGAGUUCCUAGAGUUCCAAAACGAGUUUCCAGCUGAUGGUGAUGACACCAUGACUCAAACCUGCAACACUCAGUGCUCACAAGUGGAUGGGAGGGACGAUAUACUCAGUGGAAAUGAUGUCAUUACCACCAUGGAAGAUUUGAUGAAUGCAACUGAGGUGAGUCCUAAAACUUAGAAGUUGUUAUAGUUGUGGAAUUUUCUAUGGUAAUAUGCCCACUACUAACAAAAAAUUUGUACCUGAGCGGGAGAAUGUUUACUGGGUACUUGCUGAGAUAGCUUGUAUAGAAAACUUUCGUGAAUGGUGCUGCCUUAGUUUCCCAACAUGCCACAAAAAAUUGCAUCCUAAAGAGGACAGGUUUUGGUGUACAGCUUGCAGCAUGAUCCUGGCAGAAGGAGUUUAUCGGUUCAUUACUUUACCUAAUGUGUUCUAAUGAUUGUAGGCUGUCUAGGUUUUCAUUUUGAUAAAAAACCAUUGUUACUCUCUAAUAAAUUAGCUACAAGAUCAGCGUGUGUAUUAUGCACAACACUGGGCAUGGCAACUUUAUCAUAUGGGACAAGGAAUGCAUAGAAAUUCUGGGUAAAGCUUCUGCAAGUCUUAAAGUCGAGGUUGAGCAGAAAACUGGGGAUCCAACUCGCUUUUCGAAAGACAUCGAAAGUUUGGUUGACAAAAAGGGAAUCUUCAAAAUACAGCUAAGGAAGAAGAAAGCUGAGGAAAAUGCCUACAGUGAUGGAAUUUCUCUAGGGGUGGUUAGCAUCAUACGAGAUACUAAUGUUCUCGCAAUGUAUGAGCAGAAGGAGCACUUAGAAAUUAAUGAAUGUGAUGAGCGUACACCAGAAAAGGUAUUUAGAAAAAGUAAUAUUUUGCAUCUUGAAUUUAAAAAUUUAAAUAAAUAUGACAACUAAAUGUGUAAUAUUUUGUUCCGGAUUGAUUCAAAUGCCAAUUUGGGAGAGACCUCCAACAGAGAGAAAUCCAUUGUCACAAAGGGCAAGGGGAAACGAAUUUCAGCAGAGAAGGAGGUAAACGCUCGACAACUAACAUGCCUAUAAUAUUUUCCUUACGAAAUUCUGAAUAUGGAUCACUAAACGGGUAGUAAUGCUAGAUUUCUGCACCUAUUAAGCUCCCAGACUCACCUACAGCUUCUACCCAAAGGGAGGUCAACGUUGAAUUGAAUGGUGAGAUCAAAAGAAACUUGAAUGAUGAAUUUUCAAGCAGUGAGAAUGGCAAGAAGCUGAAGAUCAAAAUUAAGCAGGAACCGCUCUAAAGCGGGUUCAUACCCAGGAUAACAUUGCAUGAUAUUUUGUUGGCACCGACAGUGGUGUUUAUUAUUGAAUGAAAACAGUUUCAUAGGCAGUAUGUAUGCUUUCACUUUUUGGGAGUACUGAAAACUGUUUAACAGACCUUUAAACACUACAUUAUGACUAUUGUGUGGUGUGCUAUUUUUUUUAAACUAUGUGUUGGAAGAUCCUUAUCUAUAUAUUUGGGCAGAUUUGUAGGAUUUCAGAGAAGAAUAUUCCUACACCAUUUAGGGACGUCUAGCCACCUAAUUUCUUUGUAUUUUUUAAACAAAAUUUGUAUUAACACUAACGCACUAAUAAAUAUUUUGCCGGUUGAUGAAAAAGUGGUGGGCUAAGGCAAAUGCUACCAAUGGUUUGAGAAGAUGGCGUAACUGCAAGAUGAGGGCACAGCUCGAAGGGAAUGGAGUUCGUCCUAAGGGAUGAUAUUUUAGAAGCAUUCAAUGUUAAAAUCGUACCUUUGACAUCCCCUGAAGCAAUGCUAAAAUUUCAAAUACAAAAUAAGGAUUUCACUCCAUUUUUUGGGAAAGACAAUAUGUAAAAAAAUAAUAUCUGCCCAAAAUGUCAUUGAAGUGUAUGUAUUUUGAAAAUAUCUUCAAAAAUAGAACCACGUCUAACAAAUAAAUAUCUGUACAGAUGUCAAAAACUUGAAUAUAAUAGAAAUUUAACCAACAUUUUAUAGGAGCAACUGUGUUA